UUUAUUUAAUAAUUUAACUUUGCUUUUAAAAAUAAAAACAAUUCUUUUUUUUUUCUUUGAGGUGCCAUUACCAGCAUUUCUUUAUUUUUUGUUUACGGCCGAGCCGCGUCUUUCGAUUGCUGACCCAAUGUAUAUAGCUUCUUGGAUUAAACUAAUUACCCUUGGAUGGGGAAUUGUUAAAUUUACAAAAUUACGUUUCUUUUGGCCUUUAUUACCUUUUAAUCCAAAGCACAACAGAGAUGAAAACAUUCGUCGUUGUUUUAAAUUUAAUUUGUAUAGAUGCACAAUGAUUGUUGUGAAUAUUUGCCAUUUAUUUGCUAUAUUCAUUGUUAUUAACAAUUUAAUUGUUUCUGGAAGAGGGGGACGACCAAUUCAACAAAAAUAUAAUUAAAAUAAAAAAACAUUUUGUGGAGUGAGAGGAGGGAGGAGGGGGUAUAAUCGGUGGCAACAUACCAUUUUUGAUUAAGUGAUAAUGUCGAACUU